AGGGGCAGAUCCCAGAGCGGUGAUCAGUGAACUCAGCAGCCGCAGCACAUAGCGGUACCGAAUACCCCGCGGUAUAGAGCUGUGCCGAGUACCCCGGCCGCACUGACGUGGAGGCGCCGGGUAAGGCAGUGCUGGGGGCGGGGCGCAUGCGCAGUGCGGCUCCGGCGGUGUGUGUGUCCCGGUCCCCCUCCCUCACUCCCGGUCCCGGCUCCGGCUCUGCCAGGCGGAUGUGCUUCAGGAAGCGGCCGGGAUCCGCCCAAAUCGAUGUCAUAACACCCCCCACGUCCGCGUUCACACCCUCCAGCCUGCCACUGAGCCAAGGGGACCGGCCGUCACACAGCAUCUCCCGCUUCUCACCCCCGAUGGGCGUCAAAGAGAGGGGGAAGCAGAGAAGCCCCUCAGGGGGGCAGUCCGUGGAACGCAAGGGGGGUCCAAAUCCCCCCUCCGAACCGGCGUCUGCGGGGACCACCAAGUACACGGGUCCCGAUCCCAGCGAGUCUCCCAUGUCACGAUAUGAUAGGAACCAACCGACCCGGAAUCACAGGAACAAUCCCUGCUGCUUCUGCUGGUGUUGCUGCUGCAGCUGCUCCUGGAAUGAAGACCGUAACCGACUCCGAAGACUUUCUCGAGACACCAAGCUGGAGAGCGUUCCUCACUGUGAGGUGUGCUCCAAGCCGAGCUCCGAGGAGGUGCUCAGCUGGGCCGGCUCGUUCGAGAAGCUGAUGAAGAACCCAGCCGGUCGCAACGUGUUCCGGGAGUUCCUGCGCACCGAGUACAGCGAGGAGAACAUGCUGUUCUGGUUGGCGUGCGAGGAGCUCAAAAAAGACCACGGGAAGCACGGCGUGGAGGAGAAGGCGCGCAUGAUAUACGAAGACUAUAUAUCCAUCCUGUCUCCCAAAGAGGUCAGCCUGGACUCCCGCGUUAGAGAAGUUAUUAACCGGCGGAUGGCGGAGCCGUCGUGUCACACGUUUGACGAUGCCCAGCUCCAGAUCUACACCCUGAUGCACAGAGACUCGUACCCGCGGUUCCUGAACUCCGCCAUUUACAGAAGCCUCCUGCAGAGCAUUUCACGUUCCAGCUCGGAGUCGUAGGACUGACCCCCGGGGGGGGCUCCGGAGAGCGGAAAACGCACAUUUUAUACAAAUACCGGAAAAGAGGGGUACUCAGAGGACACCACAGGGGCUCUCCGACCUCAUCGCACCACCCAGGUCUACAUC